UUAACAACUCCACUCUCAACGCAACUGCUCACACCAUGGCCUGCUGCGCUACUAGCUUCUGUGGGAUUCCCAGCUGCUCUACCACUGGGAACUGCGGCUCCAGCUGCAGCCAGCCCAGCUGCUGCCAGACCAGCUGCUGCCAGCCAACCUGCUGCCAGACCAGCUGCUGCCAGCCAACCUGCUGCCAGACAACCUGCUGCCAACCCAGCUGCUGCCAGUCAACCUGCUGCCAGCCCAGCUGCUGUGGAACCAGCUGUGGCCAGGAGGGUGGCAGUGGUGCUGGUAGCGCCGUGAGCUGCCGCACCAGGUGGUGCCGCCCAGACUGCCGCGUGGAGGGCACCUGCCUGCCCCCCUGCUGCGUGGUGAGCUGCACACCCCCAACCUGCUGCCAGCUGCACCACGCUCAGGCCUCCUGCUGCCGCCCGUCCUACUGUGGACAGUCCUGCUGCCGCCCGGCCUGCUGCUGCUACUGCUGUGAGCCCAGCUGCUGCCAACCCAGCUGCUGCGAGUCCAGCUCCUGCCAGCCCACCUGCUGCGAGCCCACCUGUUAAGACCAGCUUGCUGACCACUCAAGAAUGGAAGAAUAGCAAAGCAAACCUGCCGAUCUAAGAAGUGCUGCUGCCAGUGGACCUGUGCUAAGUAUCCCAAUGCUGAUAAACCACUCAUAAGUGACAAGACUCUUAGAGCCCUGGAUGUGCUGACUAGGCUUACUGCAAACAUGGCCCGAACGCUGUGCUCUGCUGACCCUGCCCGGCUGGAGCUGAACACCUCAAUGGCAGCUCUUCCUUUCAAUGACCUCUCAGCUCUCUCCCUGUCUCUCAAUCUCUGUGCAUCUUAAAGUCCACUUUCUCCUCAAACAGCCCUUCUUCCUAUCAAAUAAAACACUCAGAUAUGCAAA